AUUUUAUUUUUGAUGAAAAAGAGUACCAAGGAUACAAUAAUCAAUAUACGUUAAAAAACUAACUAAAAUAGAUUUAAAUGCUCUAAUUCAAAAGAGGUUUUUGUUUAAAAAUUUAUAUUGCUCUUAAUUCAGCUGUUAAUUAACAUUUUAAACUGUUGUUUGACAUAAUUAAAUUAUUUCGUCUGCAGUUAAAAAAAUAGAUAUGGUUUUUACUGUAGGGGAUCGAUUUGAAAGUUUUAGUGCCUUCCUAGGAGCUUUGGAAAUAUUCAAGGUAGAAACUAAUACAGAUUUCAAAGUCUAUGGGUCAAAGUCAUUAGAUGUAGCUAGACAGUAUCAUCCUAAAAGGCUUGCAAAUGUUCCAGCAAUAUUAAAGUACUAUAAUAUUAAGUUUAUAUGUAGAUAUGGAGGCAACUUCAAGAGAAGUAAAAGUUCACAAGGACUUCGAAACACAUCGACUAGGAUAAUUGGAUGUGAAGCCUUUAUUUAUUUAACAUUAUCUGAAGAUUCUAAGGCUCUAGUAAUUGGAAGCUUAUGUUUAGAACAUAAUCAUGAUUUAACUCGGACAUUUGAAUAUGUACCCAGGAAAAAGCGAAGUCGUGAACUGAGAAUGAAAUUAAACAAUAUAGAAGUUUAUCAGCAAGAAAAGUUGAAAAACAGAAAAAAACCAUUGGUACAAAGAAUGAUUUUUAAACGGAGAAAAAAUGUAGAAAGUUCAGUUUUCGUAACACAGGAUUUAUCAAACUUAAAUGUAUCAAAUGAAUAUGCGCAAAUAUCAGGGCCAUAUGAAGCAGAAUCAAUGAACAAUCCUGACAACAAUUCUUCACAUUUUGUGCAAGAAGGGGAAGGAUCAGAAUUUGUAUCUGGUGAACAACUGUGUAGAUGUGGAUUUGGAACAUCGGAAUUAACUAAACAAGAGUUGAUGCUAAUGGAAGUCGAGGAACAUAAUCAUCGUUUGGAAAUAUUAGAGCUUCAGGAAGCUUUCCAAAUUGAAAGAAUUGAAAAAAUGCGAUACUUACAAGAUCUAAAAAUUCAAAAGGCAGAACUGGAUCUUCAGACUAGAAAUAGUGAAUAGAAUAUUGUUUUUAACCUGGUUUUGUUCUAUAUAAGUUUUGUUUUACAUGACAUAUUGAAAUUUUUAUAUUGUAAAUACACGUUAAUCAAAUCUUGUUUUUAUUUGUAAAAUAUCCUUUGUAUGCAAUAAAAAUAAAAUUUGAAAUUAAAAAUAAAAUUUAAAAAUACAUUGUUCUUUCAAAUAGUCUUAACAUGUAAUAACAGAGCAUUUAGUCAUUUUUAUUCAUAGCCUAUUGUAAUAAAUGAUUGUUCCUUAUUCACAAAAGAAAAGAAAAAACGCUAUUUAGAAAAAGUACGUUAACUGUAUUGUUUAGACUCUGAAUAAUCUACAAUUUUUAUGGUUGUUCGAAAAUGAUUUGAAAGGUAUAAUUGUGAUAUAUUAGCUGUUUUUAACAAAUUAUUAAUUAUAUAAUCAUAUCAAAUAAAAUUCUUAAUGAUGCAAAAAAAAAUCUUAAUGUGAAUUAAGUCACUUAUUUUUUUGUAGUUAGUUUAUUACUCAGUAAAAUAUGAGUGGUAUCGAAAAUGUAACCUCAUUACAUCUUUUAGUAUUAUAAUAAAAGAAAUUGCCUUGCAUUUUUAAAAAUUUUAAUAACAAUACCAUUUGAUAAUAAAAGUUAUUAUUUCAUAUAUUAUCUUAUAUCUUUGAAUAAAUGAAUUCUAUAAA